AUGGUGCCUGCCGAGAAUGGGGCGAACAAUGUGGUUGUCUCUCCACUCGGCAUUAUGCUUCUGCUUGCUUCAAUGAUAGGUGGCCGAGGCUUGGGGGGGAAGUCACAGAGCCAAGUUAUGAGGGGUCUUGACCAGUUGAUCGGCAUUCCAUUUAGCCACAUUUCCGAGCCGAGAGUUGGAGUCACGCUUGGUGACUAUCUGGUAGAAAAGACGGAGAAGGACGGUGGCAAUACUAAAGUGAACUUGCUUACCUGUUCUGACAUAUCUCCUGAAAGGAUUCCGCAACUCCAAAGUUUAUACGGCACCUACUUCUUGAAGGUUCUCCAGCAAACAGUUGGCACGGGUGAUACUAAUUGCCUGACUCUACCGGAUUCAACUUUCUGCUUCGCCAGCAUUAUGUAUAACCAGAUAGGUUACAACAUUAAUAAAGACUUUCAAACAAUAUUGCAUGACGACUAUAAGUUCCUUGUGAAGCAGAUCGAUUUCGGCAAUUCUCAAGCGGCGGCGGAUGAAAUCAAUAGAUGGUGCGCCGACAACACAAAUAAUACUGUAAAUGAAAUUAUAAUGGCUCGAGAAAUAACGCCAGAUUACAAGUUGGGCCUUCUGAAUGCAGUAUAUUUCAAAGGUAAAUAUGAAACUGAUAAAAUUAACCUUCUCAAUAUCUUCUUUAUUACAAAGGAUAGGCUUCAAUUAAGUAAUUACUAG